UGGGGAGGGCGACGGCGGCGAGGAGCUAGCGGCGUUCCGACCCAGAGCAUCUUCUAGGUGGUGGUGGAGUCAUCUUCACCGGGAAGAGCUCCAUCGUGGCGAGCUGCGCGGGACGCUAACGAGGGAUCCUCCUAUCAGCAAUGGACGACUCGCCGCUAAGCCGCGGACCCCUGGGCCCCCUGCUAGGUAGCGGUCCACUGGACCCGUCGUCGUCGGCGGCAGAUUCGGAUGGCUCGGGUGGAUCGUCGUCCGCAGAUUCGGAUAGCUCCGGUGGAUCUUCGUCAUCGGGAUCCCCGCCGUCUCCCUCCAGCCCACAAUCGUCCACGCAGUCGACCCCACCGCCAGGGUCCUCGGACUCGGCGCCGUCGCCGCCCUCGCCGUCUCAGUCACCGCCGCCGGCUACGCCAGCAGGCACCAGCGGGCCGCCCCCGGCUCAAGUCUCGCCGCCGGGGUCAAAUGCCAUCCCGUCUCCGCAGGCUCCGAAGAGCAACGGGGGCGGCGGCGGCGGCGGCGGCUCCUCGGAGAGCGGGGGCGGCGGCGGCGGCGGCUCCUCGGAGAGCGGGGGCGGCUCCAAGGGCGGGGGCGGGUCGAGCGGCCGCGGCAAGGGCGGGAGCAAGCAAGACGAUUCUCCGCCCGUGGAGGCCGUGGUCGUCGGCGUGGUGAUCGGGGUCCUGGUCUUCGCCCUGCUGCUGUGCAUCGCCGCGUGCGUGUGCUGCGCCAGGAGGAAGAAGAAGAAGCCGCCCAUGGCCAUGCCCUUCUACACCGACCAGCAUGGUACGGCCGGCGCGCGCGCGCAUCGCAUGCAUCGUGCCCAUUCCAUUCACCAUGGAGAUUCUUGGCAGAGAUCUAACCGUGACCAUGGCGGCGCGCGGGCGCGUGCAGGGAACGUGUACUACGCGAACAACAUGCCGAGCCCGUGGCAGCAGAGCGGCGGCCCGGUGGACGGGCACGGCGGCGUGGGGUGGCACCCGCAGUAUCCGCUGGGCCAGGGGCCGCUGAGCGAGGAGAUGAUCAUGAGCGGGUCGCAGGGGACGGGGUCGUCGAUGCCCCCGCCGUCGCCGGCCAUCUUCGGGUCGCAGAGCUCGUUCACGUACGAGGAGCUGGCGUCGGCGACGGGCGGCUUCUCCAAGGCGAACCUGCUGGGGCAGGGCGGGUUCGGGUACGUGUACAAGGGCCUGCUGCCGGGCAGCGGCAAGGAGGUGGCGGUGAAGCAGCUCAAGGCCGGCAGCGGGCAGGGCGAGCGCGAGUUCCAGGCGGAGGUGGAGAUCAUCAGCCGCGUCCACCACCGCCACCUCGUCUCCCUCGUCGGCUACUGCAUCGCCGGCGCCUCCCAGCGCCUGCUCGUCUACGAGUUCGUCGCCAACGACACCCUCGAGCGCCACCUCCACGGCAAGGGCCUGCCGGUCAUGGACUGGCCCAAGAGGCUCGCCAUCGCGCUCGGCUCCGCCAAGGGCCUCGCGUACCUGCACGAGGACUGCAAUCCGAGGAUCAUCCACCGUGACAUCAAGGCGGCCAACAUUCUCUUGGAUGAAAAUUUCGAGGCUAAGGUCGCGGAUUUCGGGCUCGCCAAGUUGACGACGGACAACAACACCCACGUCUCCACGCGCGUCAUGGGGACGUUCGGGUAUCUGGCGCCGGAGUACGCGUCCAGCGGCAAGCUGACGGACAAGUCGGACGUCUUCUCCUUCGGCGUGAUGAUGCUGGAGCUCAUCACCGGCCGGCGGCCCGUGGACCCCAGUAACUACAUGGAGGACAGCCUGGUCGACUGGGCGAGGCCGCUCCUGGCGCGCGCGCUGUCGGAGGGCGGCAGCUUCGACGAGGUGGUGGACCAGCGCCUGGAGAACAAGUACGACCGGCAGGAGAUGGAGCGCAUGGCCGCCAGCGCCGCCGCCGCCGUCCGGCACUCCGCCAAGCGCCGCCCCAAGAUGAAACAGAUCGUUCGCGCGCUGGAGGGCGACGCGUCGCUGGACGACCUGAACGAAGGGAUGAAGCCAGGGCAGAGCAUGAUAUACAGCUCCGACGAGUCCGGCAGCUACGCGGCCAACAUCAACAGGCUGAGGCAGGUCGCGUUCGAGAGUAGCGGGGAGUACACCAACGAGUACAGCGGGACGGGGGAGUCGGGGGAGACGACACAACGGCAUCACUAACCAUUAAUCCCCUUGGAGGAGCUCUUCACCGCAUGGACCUGUGAUGUAAGUUGGCCGUGUAAAGGGAAUCGAUUGGUGUAUAUACGUACGAGGUGUACACUAUGGUUGAUGAUGAUGUAACUGCUUCAAUGCUUGUGAAUCGGGGCUGUAUUAUCGUGUAAAGUUGAUGUAUCCGUGUACUUACAUGAUGUAAUGCGCAGCUCUUGGGUUGUAUUAGCUCAGUGGAAAGAGAACUUCAAUGGAGAGCCUC